AUGGAUACACUAAUGCAAUUCGAAAUUGGAGAAGGUGAUGCGAGGGAGACAAUAAAUAUCAACCUUGCGCAGGUCGUCCUGUUGACAAAUUUCGACAAGAUGAAGAAAGAUUCGUAUCGCCUUAUAAGGAAACUCAGUCGUCAAGAAGUGGUGAACGUUGGGAAGCCAGGAAGGAGAGGAGCAGAGCAACUUCGUGUUGAGCUCCUGACUAAAUCACCUCCUCGUCCCUCUCUCGCCUCAACGCCUUCGUCAAGUAAAGCUAACGGAACAAGUGAGACUCCUUCGUCAAAGAGCAAGAAAUCUUCAAAGGCUAAACAUACCAAAUCUGAAAAUAAAACCAGUCACUCACAUUCAUCAUACGCAUCAUAUGUGAAACCGUGUCCUCACUGUAAUUGCAAACGGGUGCGUGUGGUAAAUACUGGACGACUGGACGGUCGAAAUAUUUUGGAAUGUACGAACAGAGACUGUCUCGCGACGAUAAAGUUCACUGAUAUCCCAGCCGGAACUCUUAUCAACCCCGGAAACUCACCUGAAGAGUUUACUUGGUAUGAUCUUGAUCCAGAAGAAAUUUUCUAUCCCAGUGCCAUAACAUUGAAACGUUUGGAGGACAGCUUGAGAUCAAGCCCGAAGAAGCCUUUUAUACCGAAAAUUCGUUACGAUGAUCAGGGUAACAUCGUUGUGCGUUGUCCUGGCCAGAAGGAGAUGGUGAAAUUGAAAUGA